CUAAAGAAAAACAUUCCUGUUUACCUCGACAACCCGAAAAACAGUGAUGCAGAAUUGACUAAUGAACUAGUUCUAAACUCUAGAUCUAUUUCUAGAUUAGAUCUAGAUCUAAGUACUGUUGAAUAAUUAUUUUGGAAACCUAGAUAUCAUUACGGGUUAGGCUCAAGGCUGGUUUAACCAUGACAAGGGGUUAGCGGCGGGGUUAGCCGCUUGCGGUUUUUUAGCCAGGAAUCACGACUCACUCAAGUCGAGUCAAGUCUCAACUCACUGUCAUGAUUGUCAGACUGUCACUCAGUAGUUUUAGUCUACUAGUACUUACUACUACUACUACUAGGCUGAGUAGUAAACUAUUAGACAAUUAGUAGUAACAGUAACACUAGUAACAGUGUUAUCAGUCAGUAUCAGUAAAAAGUAUCUCAGUCAGGAAUUACACAUUUAAUCAUUUACUCACUUCAUUUAGUAAAUACUAAAAUAGUUUAUCAAGAAAUCUACACUAAAUUAAAUGCAUGACGCGUAGGACAUAAUCAUCUUCUUUUUUGAAGCUACUUUGCCAAUGAUAUUGAUCAUAUUCUUCCACCUGAUGAUUAAACACAAAUUUAGUUUUGUUUAAAUUGAGAGUUACAGUUAAAAUAAAUUAUGGAGGAUGCUAACGAUGAUGAAUUAGAAACAAUUACAACAACAAGGCAGCGCAAAAAGAAAGGUACUUUAACCAAGCUAAAAGAGAAGAAGCAGAAGGGAUUGGGAUCUAAUACAUCUUUGAAUGUAGAAAGCAAAACUGAUUUGGUGAAAGUAGAUGGGGAUCCUCAAAUUGUGCAAAACAGCUCUACUACUACUAAUGCAGACAAUCAAAAUUUUUUCCAGUUUUCAACCAAAGAUAAAAUUGAAAGCAAUGAUAAAUUGGUGGAUAAGCCCAAGCCAAAAGCAAGAGUUUCUAAACGUCCACAAAUAGCUUCAGAUGAAAAGGACAAUUUAGAAAAGCAAGACAAUGAAAAAGAAAAGAUAAAAUUAUUGGAUGAUUUGGAGAAUUCAAAAAAUGUGAAAAUAAAUGGGGAGCAGAAAAUUGAUUCUAUUUUGCAAAGCUCUGGCUUUGUUCCUAAACCACCGUUGACCCCACGCACCCCAAAGUCCACUCCUAGGACCCCAAGAGGCUACAUACCUUUCGGUAAACUGGAUAAACAAAACCAAGAUGGGGGAUCAUCUUCUAGUGGCAUUGAUGUUGAUGAUAAACAAACUGCAGGUUCUACUGAUAUUAAGGGAAAACCAUUAAAUGACAGCAAUCAAAUAGAAAGUGAAAACGUAAUGCAGAGGCUAACUAGACAGCCACCUGUUCAAAACAGACCUGCUAAAAGGCUCUUGAAUAGAAGAGGGUCAAAAGACAGUCUUUCUAAAGACACUUUUGUUGAAGGUGAUAACGAAAUUAAAAAUGUUGUCUCCACUCCUUCCAAUCCAAAAUUGAACAAUAUUUCAACAAAUAAAAACAUCGAAGACAUCAAAAGUGAAAAGUCGAUUACAGCAAGUUCACCAGAGAAUCCAGAUAUCUUAUCAAAAGGCAAAUAUUUAAAAUCAUCAAAGAAAAAAUCAGUUCUUAAAAAUGAUUCUAAUGAGAAACCAAGAGCAGAUAAUCAAAGUUUGUCUCAGUUAUCUUUGAGAAACCUAGACCAGAAUGAGUCUUCCAUUAACUCCCUUGACAUGAAAGAGGUCAACUCUAAAGUUCGAAAGGUAGAAAAUGAAAAUAAUUCAUCGUCGAUGAAAGCCAAAUUUGCACAUUCCCCUCCUUCGUCUGUACGUCUUGAUCCCAUCAGCCCACUGCAUCAUCCUCCACCAUUGUCUGAAGAGUUCACAUCCAAUAGCUUGAGAACUAGUUAUAAAAUAGAUUCUAAUGCAAAAAACAGUUUACCUCUAGAAGAGGUAGACAAAAUCUCCAACAAGUCUGACUCUGCCGCUGACAGGUUGUCUCAGAAGUCAUUUACCUCAACUAGUGUACUGCCAUUGAUUACUACCAAAGAAGCAAGGUCAAGAAUGUUUAUGCUGUCAGAGACUACCAUAGGAUCUUGUUCUGGCUCAUACCUUGGUGUGGAGGAACUCACUCGGUAUUUCCCUAAUAAAAAGGUGAAAGUGUUUGUUGGCACUUGGAACAUGAAUGAAUUAAAGGAUGUGAAUGCACCUUUACAAGAUUUUAUCCUUCCAGAGAAGUGUGAAUAUGUUCAAGAUAUUUAUGCCAUCGGCACUCAGGAAAAUGAUAUGAACAAGAAAGAAUGGGAGCUAACUCUGCAGGAAUUGUUGAUCUCUUCACAUGUCAUGUAUCACUCUGUCUCUCAUGGCUCACUCCAUCUUGUCAUCUUCAUCAGGCGAGAUUUAAUUUGGUUCUGCUCUAACCCAGAAGAUGAUAUCAUAUCUCUCCGAGCUUUGACCAUGGUAAAAACUAAAGGUGCUAUUGGCAUCAGCAUGAGACUGUUUGGAACUUCUUAUUUGUUCAUUAACUGUCACCUGACCUCUGAUAGAGAUAAUGACAUUUCUCGCAAGAAACUCAGACUGGAGAAUUAUUUCAAAGUGAUCAGGGAAAUGCGACUUCCCAAAACAGUUCAGAAUUCACCUUCAAUUAAAAAAUCAGGGGAUGUAACUACAGCCUUUGAUUGUGUUUUCUGGUUUGGUGAUUUGAACUUCCGCAUUGAACGUGAGCGCCAGGCAGUGGUUGGCAAAGUAAAUGAAAUAACAUCAGAGGAGUUCCCAAAUUUCGAAACGCUGCUAGGUGGAGACCAGUUAUUAAAAUACAUGUCUGAAGAUAAAAUUUUUGGAGGUUUCCAAGAGGGCCGAAUAAAUUUUUAUCCCACAUUUAAAUUUGAUUUGAAUAAAGACUCGUAUGACAGCUCAACAAAGAGUAGGGUUCCUUCUUACACUGACAGAGUGGUGUUUCGCUGUAAGAAGAAAAAUGACAUUCAAUGCCUGCAUUAUGAUGCUGUCAUGUCUAUUAAAGUUUCUGACCACCGCCCAGUUUUUGGUCACUAUGAGACCAGCAUUAGGCCAGGGGAAGACGGGGUAACAUAUUCACCUGGACACUUUGAUAGAACCAUAUAUUUAGAAGCACUUCGUCGACGGGUGACUAAAAAGUCUGGAGAGAAGAAGCAAAGUGCAAUAUGCUUACUUCAAUAGGAACUCUUCAGUUGGAACUGGGUAUUUUAUUGUAGGAUCAAUAGUGCUUCAUAGAAAAUAUCUUUAUUUAGGGCAUUUUUGUUUUUGUUCUUUUGAAUAAUGAAAAAAUACAUUUUGUUAUACAUGGAUUAUUUAUUAAUAUGUUUAAUUUCUGUACUGAAUGUUUGAACUUUGUAUUUUGUACAAAUCUUUCAUGUGAUACCAGUACAGAAUUGUUUUAAAAUACCAUCAUGAGAGUAAUGGGCCCUGAAUUGUAAGUGUUCAAUUCAGGCUUUCAACAAAUUUUCACCUGUACUCAAUAAUCCAUUGGUGCUUAUUUAUGUGUCUGUCUUGUGAAAAAAAAGUUGUAUGUAUAUAGAAAUGUAUUUAAGUAAGUUUAUUGCAAUUGCAUUCUUUUUUCAUACAUGUUUAUAUAAAUUAGAUUCUUUCUUACCAUUUUUUCAUCACUGGAUCUACAUCACAUUUGUAUAAUCUUACUCUAAUAUCACCUAUGCAUCAUUUAAUUUAACAACAUUCCAUAUUUGCUUGAGAUUAAUUUUAAUGGGUAAAUAUAAAGGAUCUUUUUUUUUUGUUAAUCUCAAAACUAUUUCCCAAUUUGAUUUAGUUUAUCAGUGUUACAAAUCCACAGAUUAAAGGAACUCACAAAAUAACAGUAUUUGAACUUAGAAUAGAAUGGAUUAGAUAUAAACCCUAAAUUAUUCAAUGUACCUCAGGACUAUGGUUACUGUUUUUACACAACUGAAAGUGAAUGCAUCAAUGAUAAAAAAGAAAGUACUAUUCAUCUUUGUUAUUUGCUGUGAUAUCUCUCUCUCUCUUUUUUAAAUUGAUUCUUAGAUUAAUGAUGGCAAGUUUUUUAAUGCAUAAAAAUACAUUUGGAUAAGUUGUCAUUGCAGUUUGUAUACCAAUAUAUAAUUUACAUGUGAUCAAAUUGAAACUUUGGAAAAACAUUUUAAAUUUUAGUUUUAGAUAUAUGCAGUUGGAUAUUAUUUUUUUUUUUUUUUACCUCUAUCACUAAUUUAUUGGCAAAAAAGUAAGUUUAGUUACGACAUGUCAGUUUGUUUUUUUUCUAUUUAUUUGUAUUAAGAAACUAUUUUAUCUUUUUUUAAGACAUCAUCAAUACUCUACAUGAUUAUAUAAUUACUAUCACAAGUGUUGAAUUAAUCCGUCCAGCUUGUUACACAGCCAUGUAUAUAGUAUAUAAAUAUAUAUAUAUAUAAUAUUGAUUAGACAUUUAUUGUAAAUAUGUGUAAAGCAAUGUAAUAAUGUUUGGAACUUCUUUCUAUUUCUACUAAUAUUAUUUUUGAAUUUGUUUGAAAAUAAACAAUAACAAAGCCAUGAGUGCAAGUCUUUAUUAUUUUAAUUUCUUCUUAGACCAGACAAUUAUUUGACCCCUUACAGUACAGCACACCAUUGUGAAAGUCCACCACUAAAAUUGUGCUACAAAUCUAGGACUCUAAAUACAAUGUCAUAAUAAUAACAUAUUUUUUCAUAAGUCACAAGCAAUGACAUCAAGAUGAUAUGCGACUUUGAAAAAAAAAAAGUUACAAACUACAUUAGAAAAACAGUUCCUGCUCAUUUCAUUCAUGUAAGCAACUAAAAAUAUUAUAAAGGCAUCUAAAAAAACAUUUUUUACUGGUUGAACAAUUUUGUAACAUACUUUUCUGAUUUACAUUAAAACGUCAAAAAGUAUGAUGAUAAUAAUGUUCAUAUUUAUCAAUACUGACUUGUUAAUAGUUAACUUUCUAAAAAAUAACACAAAUCAAUUGUAGAAAAUCUUGCAUACAGACACCUCGAACUGCUGUGUAGUAGUCCCACUUGUCCAUGCAGAAUAGACACAAUCAUUUUGUAACCCAUUAGAUGCCAACAAACUUCAGGGUAAACUAACUAAUGUAGAAUAAAUCUUUCUGGAUAGACUAACCGGCAGCUUAUAUUCAAGUGUCGAACCAUGAUAAUAAAAAAAAGAAA